AUGCCGUCUCGGAGCAUAUCGAGUGUCACCGGAACCUCUGCCAGAUCCAGCACUACGCCUGCGACAUCCUCAGUUCCGGAUUCCAGUCGAUGGCGUCCUAGAACAGCGAAGACAUCCACUGACUAUAGCAAUAGUGAGAUAAUUUGUGCGAUCAGCGAAUCUCGAGGAAUCUCUCCUACCGUCGGCCUCUCCUUUGUCAAUGUCUACACGUCCGAAGCCAUUCUCUGCCAGUUCACAGACACUCAGACCUAUGCUCGUACAUGCCACAAGUUGAAGGUCUACGAGCCCACUGAGAUCCUCUACAUGGCCAGUGCCGCCGAAUCAAAGCUAGUAUCAGUUGUGUCCGAGAAUCUGGACGUGGACAAUGGUGGCCCCAUAGGCACCAAACUUGAUCGCAGGUAUUGGUCUGAGAGUAGUGGUCAAGACUAUGUCCAACGCCUCGCCUUUCCGGACGACCUGGAGUCUUUGAAGCUGGCUCUAGCAGGCAAUCACUUUGCCACAUCCUGUUUCUCCGCAGUUCUACAAUUCGUCGACAUGGGUCUGCAAAAGACUUUUGCUCCUCAGACGUUACGUAUAAAGUUCGAGACUGCAGAAGGCUCCAUGAUGAUUGAUCUCUCCACAAUCGCUUCACUAGAACUGGUCCAGAACCUUCAACAUAUCAAGUCCAAAGAGUGCUUGUUAGGGCUGCUGAAUGAGACAUUCACGCCAAUGGGCGCACGAUUCCUCAGAAGCAACAUACUGCAGCCAUCGACCGAUGCUGAAAAGAUUGCCAAGAGGCAUGAAGCUCUAGAAGAACUUGUCUCGAGACAGGACAUGCUAUUCGCAGCUCGCUCCGCCUUGAAAUCUUUUGUAGACACUGAUCGGGUUCUGACAGUUCUCGUUGUGAUUCAAACCAAGAUUGGGAUUCAGUACGCUGAACAAGCCGUCAACCAGGUGCUGAUGCUCAAGACCUUUGUGGACUCCAUCAAGCCACUCUGGCAAGCACUCACCGGUGCUAGCAGUGAGGAAUUGCACGAGAUACGCCAGGCAAGACUACUAUGGUCUAUCCAUUCCACUCAAACUGACCUCAAUCAGCUUUGUGAUCCAGCAAACUAUGCAGAGGUCGAUAGUAUCAUCAGAAACAGUCUCAACCCCGAUGUGAGGUAUUCGACCAAACCGACCGAGCUUCGCAACCAACGGGUCUACGCUGUGCAGGCUGGAGUCAACGAAUUCCUCGAUGUCGCACGCCAAACGUACAAGGAGAUAAACCAGGAUGUUUUUGACAUGGUCGAAGAGCUCAAAAAUGCGCAAGAACUGGACCUGGAUUUGAAGUUCGACGCCCCUAGACAAUUCUACAUCCGUAUUCCUGCCAUUCAGCUGGAGGACAAGCCAAUUCCAGAUUCCUUCGUGAACAUCUACCGCCGAAACACGUUCAUCGAAUGCCAGACACUAGAGCUCAUCAAAAUGAAUCAGAAAAUCAAAGAUGCUCACAACGAAGUCAUCAGCCUGAGCGACCACGCGGUUCAAGAGCUCAUCGAAGCUGUCCGAUCGAAGAUCCACCCGCUUUUCAAGAUCAGCGAAGCUAUCGCCAUGCUCGACAUGCUGGCGAGCUUUGCCCAUCUAGCUAUCACGAAUGAUUACGUGCGACCGGAGCUGCUUGACACCUUGGCCAUCAAGGCCGGGCGCCAUCCAAUCCGCGAGAAGACGCAAACUGACAAGUACGUGCCCAACGACGUUUACGCAACCGAGCAGAAACGCUUCCAGAUCAUCACCGGCUGCAACAUGAGCGGCAAAAGCACAUAUAUCCGCUCCAUCGCUCUAAUAGCCAUCAUGGCGCAAAUCGGCUGCUUCGUGCCGGCCGCUUACGCCUCGGUUCCCAUGACAUACCAGCUCUUCGCGCGAGUUUCAACCGACGACAGCAUCGAAGCCAACGUGUCGACCUUUGCCUCGGAGAUGCGAGAGGUGGCAUUCAUUCUGCGCAACAUCUCGCCCCACAGCAUCGUGCUCAUCGACGAGCUCGGCCGCGGAACCAGCACGACAGACGGACUUGCGAUCGCCAUCGCCAUCGCCGAAGAGCUGAUCAAAGCCAAGGCGUUGGUCUGGUUCGUCACGCACUUCCGCGACGUACCGCGCAUCCUGGCCGAACGGGCCGGCGUAGUCAAUCUGCAUCUAGCGGUCGAUAUCAAUGCCGACGCCUCCAAGAUGAAAAUGAGUUAUAAAAUCGCCGAGGGGUACGAGGAAGAGAAGUUCUACGGACUCGCGCUCGCCCGCGUCAUCAAUCUGCCGGAGAGGGUCAUUGAUACUGCCACCCGUGUCUCUCACGCCCUACAUGAGCGGAAUGAAGCGGGCAAGCGGAACACGAGGACCCUUGCAACCGCGAGACGGACCAAGCUGCUGUUGAACCUGCGCGAGCAGCUAUUCCAGGCGAGGGAAAGUUGCCGUGGCACUGCCUCUGAGGUGGGAGAAUUGCGGGCCUGGCUGGCAAGACUGCAGGUUGAGUUUUCGGUCAGGAUGACAGCCCUUGACGCCGAAGCCGACCUCGACCAGAGCGAGACUACGAGCCAGGUGGAGGAGGGGGCGGAAGCGCAUGACGACGACAACGACGAGAUUGAAGAGGUGCGGAGUACGUUGGACCCGGACAUGGAUGGGACAUGA